GUCGAUCUCAAAUAUCUCAAUUGCAUUGAAAAUGAAAUUAUUAUAAGAUUAUAACGUAUACAUCAGAGAAAUAUUGUGGAAACUAUCGCAUUUUUCACCAAAAUAUUACGAGACUAGUCAUGAAACAUGGUUUAUUUAGUGAAGAUAAUUUCGGUAGUUGUACUAACUGCUAUAGUUGCAGUAAAAGCCAGAAUACACAAGUUGCCUCUUACGGAUGAUUACCGCCACUAUGUGGACCUGACCACCUUCGGGUUCUUCCAAGGCGGGGUGCUUGACGUGCGGAUGGUAAACUUCAAACUACCCUCAAAUGUGGAACCUGGAGAGUACGGGUUCACCCUUGACCGCACGGUGAACGACGCCAUAAGUCCGUAUCUAGAGGCACACUCUGACACCUGCUUCUUGAAGGACAGCGAGAGCAGUGUCACGUCACCCCAGCAUCCCGCCAUCGUGUUCCUUAAGAUGGACUUCAAUAACUUGAAGUUGAACAUUACGUGCAAGGGCAACGACUUGAAAGCGAUGCAUCUGUACCAGAAUCGGUCGCAGAUACCGCUCGAUCGCGCCAAGCGGAGCGACUUCUGGAGCCAUCGUUACAUCAACAAGCGCUCUGCAGACCACUGCGAACCUCCUUGCUCUUGCACCCAUCUGCCCAUCACGAAAGCAACGAAGAAUGGCUUCGACUAUUACAACACUAGUUUCGCUAUGUACGUGGCAUCCGUGCGAGAGGAGGGGUUGUACAACCUGUACUUCCACAACUGCCCCAAGACUGACAAGGGAGUCACUCCCGCUAUGAACUUCGUUAUAGAAAUAUACGAAAGCAAUGACGGCAACUUCCUCUCAGCGGGCGAGAUGCCCCUCCCCGCGCUGUACAGCACCAUGUCUCUGAUAUUCCUGCUCUCCGCGGGCUUCUGGACGUUCAUCUUGAAGAGCAGCCAGCACCCCGUGUACCGCAUCCACAUCCUGAUGUGCGUGCUGGCGUACCUCAAGGCGCUCUCGCUCGCGUUCCACGGCAUCAACUACUACUUCAUCCGGACCCGCGGCGAGCACGUCACGGCCUGGGCCAUACUCUACUACAUCACGCACCUGCUAAAAGGCGCGGUGUUAUUCGUGACGAUAGUGCUGGUAGGCACUGGCUGGAACUUCAUCAAACACAUCCUCGCUGAUCGCGACAAGAAGCUCUUCAUGAUCGUCAUCCCACUACAGGUGGUGGCGAACGUAGCAGAAAUCAUAAUAGCGGAGAGCGAGGAAGGCGCGGCCGAGCAUAAUGCGUGGAGCGACACCUUUAUACUGGUGGAUCUGCUGUGUUGCGGCGCCAUACUGUUCCCUGUCGUGUGGUCGAUACGUCACUUGCAAGACGCGUCGAGCACGGACGGCAAAGCGGCGAUCAACCUUCGGAAACUGAAGCUAUUCAGGCACUUCUACAUUAUGGUGGUGUGCUACAUAUACUUCACGAGGUUCAUCGUCUAUCUGCUCAAGAUAACGGUACCGUUCCAGUACUCGUGGAUAGACGAGAUGUCGCGCGAGCUGGCAACGUUCGUGUUCUUCGUGAUGACCGGGUACAAGUUCCGGCCGGCCGCCGCCAACCCGUACUUUACGCCCAACACGACUGACGACGCGCUAGUCCUAUCGGAAAUCGGCGUGCUAGAAGGAGUGACGAAAAUCCCUCACCGCGGCGAAAAGAAGCGAGAAGACACGGUCCCUCUCAUGCAGGACGGAUACAACUCCGACUAGCGUAGUUAGUUUAUUAGUUAUUAGUAUUACCUAAUUUGUGUCGAACCAUGCCUGAAAGGCCCCUAUGCUGCAAUAAGGACGGAUAUGUGCCGAAAUUGAAUUAUAAAAACACAGGUUACCUACCUACUUGAACAGUGGUGGGCAAACAUUUUAGAGCGGGGCCCAAAUUUUUAGAGGAGGCCGCCAGCUUUUUGCAUUUCAAACGCCCUUUUUUGGUGGAAAACUAUCUAAAUUUUGUAUAGGGGUUAGGAGUGCUAAAGACUAUAAAAAAUCUUGCUAAGUUAGACCGAAAUUAGUACCGAUUUUGACACAAUAUGUGUCCCCGGCAGGCAUAACGUCUAGUGCUUAUAUAUUUUGUCAGGGCGUCUGUAUGAGUAUCGGACAAAAUAGGACGUUUUGCCGGACGCAGACAAAUAUACGGGAUGUAAUCGUUAAGCCGAUUAUUCGGUAAAUAGAACAGAGAACGUUUUAAACUGAUAUCAAAAGUUUAUUAACGAUUUCACC